GAGCAAAAAUUCGAAAAUGAAGAUCCCACGAGUCUCUUCUACUGAGAUAUCACAUAAAACUUGCCAAAUUUGUAAAGUCGAGAAGUGUCAUGGUAACCACUUUGGAGUGGACAGCUGUCGGGCGUGUGCUGCUUUUUUCAGGAGAACUGUACAUUCUAGGUGGAGUCGAGAGAAGUGUCAAGGCGGAACGUGCGACCGAAAAAAGUUGCUUUGUAAACCGUGCAGGUUGCAACAAUGUUUCGAAGGAGGAAUGGUCACUGAUAAAUUCCAAUACAACAGAGAUCUGAUCAAUCCUGUCUACUUAAAAUCGUCAAUACCUUCUUCAUUAGAACGACUGCUAGGAAAACCACACUUUGUCUUGAUUUCUGAUAAAAAUCCAAAGAAAACUACCAUAGACGUGCACCGACUGCUAGGAGAAGCCACUAAGAUCUUGAAUCUUGGCCAUGCCAUUCCCACUUACUGCGGCAAUAAUCGAUUGAAAAAGCUGAGCCUCGCAGUUCAUAACAAUGUAACCUUUGAGAAGUUGGACGUGAUAAAAAGAGCGACAAAAUCCGAAAUUCUAACCAAUUGGGAAUAUUAUUUCAAGCGAGUUGCCACGUGCCUGAAUCACUUUGACGAGUUCAAAAAGCUAGAAAUUCCAAUGCAGCUGAAACUCCUCCAAACCAUCUGGCAUGUAUGGGGCCGGCUCGAAAAAAUCACGUCAAGUGCGAGAUAUCAAAAAACAGUCGAAAAUUCUAAACUAUCGGAAGUUGUGUUUCAAAGCGGUUGGAUUGUGGAUGUGAAGGACGUCGAUAUAGAUUGCAAUUGGUUCAGCAAUUUUCCGAAUGAACAAGUCAAAAAUUUCAUGCUUCAAACUUCCACGGACCUGUUUAAUGUGAUCCAAUAUAUUCAUGAUUUGGAUCCAACCGACGUUGAACUGACCUACAUGCUGGCUCAGUUGUGCUUUCAAUAUGCAGGAAACCGACAUCGAGGGGAAAUCCAGGAAGUCUGCGAGCAAUUCCAGAAUGUGUUGUCGAACGAUCUUCAUGACUAUUACCUCAAUGAGAUGCGUAUGCCGCGGUAUUCAAGGAGGAUAGCCAAAAUGAUGCAGAUUAAUAAUUAUGUGCAGAGAAAUAUUCGAAAGGGUCGGGAACGGAUGGAAGUGAUUCAUUGCCUGGGGAUUUUCAAGCUGGAGUUUUCGCACCCGGAAAUGUUUCAAGAUUCUUUAUUUAAUUAGUUACUUUGAAUUUACAAAUGAAGGUUUUUUAAG